UUUUACUAUUUGUAAUGAAAAUUUAUUUGAUAUUAUUUGAAUUUUAGAAAAUGUUAAAUUUGUUUGUAAAGCCGCGAUUAGCUGGUCUAAUAAAUGCUGUACGGAAAUUCUCUAAUCGACAAACUUAUUAUGAUGUAUUAGAAUUAAAUAAGAAAUGCAGUAAUCAAGAUAUAAAAAAUGCGUUUGUAAAACUUUCAAAAAAGUUUCACCCUGACGUGAAAGGUGCCGAAUCGGACCCUAAGCAAACUGCACAAUUUGUUAAAAUCUCAGAGGCUUAUCAGACGUUAAGUAAACCAAAUCUUCGCCGUGCAUACGACCAAAAAAUCUCAUACCAAAACUCCUACGGAAAUCGUAGUUACUCAUAUGACACCGUUACCACCGAAGUACAUGAAUCUUGGAAAAUUAAGCCUGAUUUUAAUCCAAACCCAGACCCUAAUGCUUAUUAUGGUGUCCCUGGUUGGAAGCGCAUAUCAAACUCAACAAUUGGACUUUUACUCAUUGGCUUAGGUAUUUUUGGUGCUGUUUUCGGAUAUGUGUCUGUAAAAAUAUAUUAUUAUUUUAGACACUCCUUCACGUUCGACCGUAAACAACUAGACGAGGUGUCAGCAGAAGCUAGUCAACAUCAUGCAAAUGUGCGCGCUGACGCCCAAAAGUUUGGCAACGAUGAACAACUGCGCCGAAUGAUGAAGAAGUUGCAAAAUUGAGAGCGAGACCACUAAUGCGGCUUUCAAAUAUGUUCCGAGGUCUUUCGAAGAAACUAAAAAUCUUAUAUUUUGUAAUAUGUUUUAUUGUGAUCGCGAAUAUUAAAAUUGUGAUAAAAAAGGUGUAAUGAACAUUCUUGGCACAAACCUGGAAAUAACGUUAGAUUCAAAUUUAAAAAAAAAUUAUUAUUGGAUUAGAAUUGUCGAAAUUACUUUCAUAAAGUAUGGAGAUAUAUUUUAUAUUCAGGAAUAAAAUAAAAAUUUAAAGCGCAAAAUUUGUCUUUAAACAUUCGAUCACCUAAA